GUGACAGAUAGAAAAAAAAAUAAAAUAAUUUAUCGACGCGAAGUUUACAUUUUUCUGAAAAAAUAAUAGCAAUUUUAUUAAAAAAUUAUCCAAAUAAUACAAAAAUAAACCAAACAAAAGUGCCUGUCUGAUAAUAAUAAGUGGUUUCCAAUUGGCUUUUAUUUUGCACCCAGCUCAAUUUCCAUUUUUGUUGUUUUCAAAAUAUCCACAAAGAAAACCUCAAAAAUUGUGUCCGAAAAGUUUUUGCGAUUUUGUAAAAUGACUCUCGUUGGCUUAGCAGCCAGAAAAUUAUCUCUAAAGAAAAGAAAUGCAAAACUAGCUGCAGCUUUUCCGAACGGAGUUCGAUGUCAGAAAUGCCUCGAAUUCGGCCAUUGGAGCUAUGAAUGCAAAGAAACCAAAAGAAAAUAUGUACAUCGAACUUCACGAACAAAACAAUUAAAUAAGAAUCUAGCCAAUAAAGAGCAAAAGAAAACUGGCAGCCAAGUAAAAGAACCAAAAGCAAAACGAUCCAAAGGCGGCAAUUCAAGUUCUGAUUCUAGUUCAGAUUCAGACUCGGAUUCUAGUGCAGAAUCUGGUGCUAGCGGAUCGUCGGACAGUGACGACGAUAGUUCGUCGUCAGACUCAUCCGACUCGUCAAGCUCUUCGUCUUCUUCGGGAUCGUCUUCUGAUGGAUCAUCUUCCUCUUCCGAUGGCACCGUUGAAGUGAAGAAAGAAAAACGAAAAAAGGAUGGCAGUAGCAGCGGUUCCUCGUCAGAAGAUUGAAUUAAUUAAAUAAGUUAUAAAAACAGUUUUUCUCUUGCGAGUUUAGGUACAAUUUACUAAGCAUUUUUUUAGAAAAUAAAUAAACAUGAGUUAGAUUUUAAUUUGAA